AUGUCCACAAACAAGCUCGUCUACAUCCAUACCAUCUGCUUCAAUAUUACUGCCAUAAGAAGCGUCCGGAAGCUGCGUCUGCAGUAUAUCCGCGCCAUUUUACGCCAGGAGAUGGCCUACUUUGACACCUAUACGCCAGGCUCUGUUGCAACUCGUAUCUCGAAUAAUGCAAACCUCAUCCAGACAGGCAUGUCUGAGAAAGUAGGUACCUGCUGCCAGGGUGUUGCCAUGCUGAUAUCCGCCUUUGUUGUUGCCUUUACUCAGAGCUGGAGGCUGACACUUCCCGUGGCCACCUCAAUACCCACUGCUGUCACGCUUGUCGGCAUUACUGUUGCCCUGGACGCUAAACUUGAAGCAAAAAUACUGGACAUAUAUUCCAAGGCUGGAGGUCUCGUCGAAGAAACAUUAGGCAGUAUCCGUGUUGUUGUUGCCUUUGGUGCCGGAGACCGUCUAAGCAAGAAGUAUGAUAACCAUCUUGAGGCUGCCAAGGGGUUUGGUGUCAAGAAAGGUCCCGUUCUCGGCAUACAGUACAGCUCGGAAUUCUUCAUCAUGUACUGUGCCUAUGCCUUGGCCUUUUGGUACGGUAUUAAGCUUUUGCUUCAGGGAAAGAUCGGAAGUGGAGGAGACAUUCUCACGGUCUUGUUCUCUAUUGUAAUCGGCACUUCAUCUCUCACCAUGAUUGCACCUACUCUAGGAGAGUUCACUAAGGCCGGUGCUGCUGCCAACGAUGUUCUCAACAUGAUUAACAGGGUGCCAGAAAUUGAUUCGCUCAGCGCCGAGGGCCUGAAGCCCAGCAGUGUCAAAGGUGACUUGGAACUUUCUAACGCAGUUUUCUCGUACCCCGCCCGACCUACCAUAAGGGUCCUAGAUGGAGUCAAUUUGAAGAUACCCGCUCGUAAGGUCACUGCUCUUGUCGGGGCUAGCGGCAGUGGUAAGAGCACAAUCAUUGGACUCCUCGAGAGGUGGUAUGAUCCCGCCAGUGGUUCUAUCACUUUGGAUGGCGUAGACAUUAAGGAUCUGAACGUUGGGUGGCUUAGACGCCAGAUUGGCCUGGUUCAACAGGAACCAGUAUUAUUCAACGACACUAUCUACACUAAUGUGCUCUAUGGACUGCCGCCCGAUGAAAUAGCUCAGAUGGACGAGGAGAAAAAGAGAGAGCUCGUUAGACAAGCCUGCAUUGAGUCUAAUGCAGACGACUUCAUCCAAGGAUUCCCCAAGGGGUACGAUACUAUUGUCGGCGAGAGAGGAAGCCUUCUCAGUGGCGGUCAACGACAGAGAGUCGCCAUUGCACGUAGCAUCAUCUCUAACCCACCUAUCUUAUUGCUGGACGAGGCAACUUCCGCUCUGGAUCCUACCGCUGAAGCUAUUGUUCAAGCUGCUCUAGAUAAAGUUUCUCAGUCCCGAACAACAGUGCUCAUUGCCCACAAGCUUUCGACUGUCAAGAAGGCGGAUAACAUCAUUGUCAUGAACAAAGGUCAAGUUAUCGAACAGGGAACUCACGAGUCGCUCCUAGAUACAAAGGGGCAAUACUGGAGUUUGGUUAAUGCUCAAAGCCUCUCUCUUGCAAGUGACGAUUCUUCUUCCGAUACCGAUAAGGAAACUGAUACACAACCAGCCGAGAUUUUGGAGAAGCAUGCAACUACCAAAUCAACUCACAGCAAAGUUCCCCACGAAGUUGCUGCCGAGUCGGAGGAUGUAGCUCGAAAAUUCUCCCUGUUCAAAUGCCUUCUGAUUAUAUUCUACGAACAACGACGUCAUUGGCUCUUCUUCCUUCUAGGAGGCAUUGCCUCCGUCGUCAGUGGCGGUGCAUUCCCAGCCCAAGCCAUUCUCUUUUCUAGAAUUGUGACUACAUUCCAGCUACCGAGAGAUCAGUGGCAGGAGAAAGGGGAUUUCUGGGCAUUGAUGUUCUUCGUCCUUGCACUCUGUAUUCUCCUGACGUAUGCGUCAAUCGGGUUUUUCUUGACAGUUGCCGCCUUCCGCUCCUCAAAGUUCUACCGCAGCGAGUACUUCAAAGCCAUGAUCUCGCAGGAUAUUGCAUACUUUGAUAAACCUGCUAAUUCCUCUGGCAGCCUUACUGCACGCCUAUCAACUGACCCUCAGAACUUGCAGGAUCUUCUCUCGUCCAACAUUGGCCUCAUCCUAAUCGUUAUUGUCAGCCUUCUCGCUGUUUCCCUCUUAGCCCUUGUUACCGGCUGGAAAUUAGCUCUUGUCUCUCUAUUCGGGUGUCUCCCUCCUCUCUUCCUGGCUGGCUUCAUCCGUAUGAGAAUGGAGAUGCAGGCCCAGGAUAAGAACGCCAAACUAUACUUGGAGAGCGCGCGAUUUGCCUCCGAGGCCGUCAACUCCAUUCGUACUGUUUCAUCUUUGACAUUGGAGUCUACCGUAUAUAACAACUACGGCGAUAGACUGAAAAGGCCAGUGGCUAGAUCUCUCAAAUACACUGCCAUUGCGAUGAUAUUCUUCGGCUUCUCGGAUAGUGUCGACACCGCCGGUAAGUCUCCUCUGUCUACCUACAGUACGCAUCUAAUUGUUGUUCUUUACUGA